AAAGUCAGUCGCGCUUCCACAUCCACGCCACAACAAUCGCCUGUGACUAGAAGUAGUAGAAGGGCUCAAGAAGAGGAGCCGCAGGAAGAAGCAGCAGCAGCAGCGCCACAGACUCAGGGAAGGAAGAAAAAGCGCAGUAAGCCAGGAACAGCGGCGCUUCGCGAGAUUCGUCAUUUUCAGAAGAGUUGCAAGCUUCUUAUCCCGGCUGCCCCCUUUAUCAGAUGUGUCAAACAAAUUACACAUCAAUUCUCUACGGAGGUGUCUCGCUGGACGCCUGAAGCUGUGGUAGCACUGCAGGAGGCAGCUGAAGAAUGUCUAGUUCACUUGUUUGAAGAUGGAAUGCUUUGUGCAAUUCACGCUAGGCGUAUUACUCUUAUGACAAAGGAUAUUCAGUUGGCUCGGAGGUUUGGAGGAAUAGGAAGGCCUUGGUGAAUGCACAAUGCCAGACGUAACACCACUAUGAGUGCUUUUUGCGUGUAAACCUUGUUACCAAAUUAGAGUGUUUAUUUGGUAUUAUAUAUUAGGAAAUAUAAUGUAACUCUUUUUAUAGUUGAGACAACAAUUAUAGAACUCAAAUUAAGAAUCAACCAUUAUAGAAUGGUUUCUACGACGACUUUAAAUUGAUGAGUGACGAAAUGGUGU